UCUAGCUUUGAAAGCUCCUGUGGAUGUUAAGAGUGAAGCUGCAAUGUGUUGGUGGUGUCACUGCUGCUCUGCCCGCUGUAUCCUGACUAGCUUUGUGCUGUUUGCCUGAUGGUAGCCAAAGGGUGGGAGCUCAGCAGCUGUCCACACGACGCCCCGAAGCUCUGCAUCGCUGCUGUGUGUCCUGUGACAAGAGACUGCUCACAGCUGUGCCUCUUGGGAGUCUCAGGGGUGACCAACGUUGUUACAUGGGUCUGGGUGACUGGAACUGGGCAGCUGCAGCUGUGGAGUAGCAGUGCUGUCUGAGGAAUACAGGAUUUAACAACCAAGCAACCAAUUGGUCUGGGAUUAAACUAAAUAGUUUGAGAGUAUUUAGAGUUUCUAGAUACUCUUAGUAUUCAGCUCUAUUUAUUGUAAAUAGUUCACUCCAGAGCAAUCAAAGCUCUGAAUUACAGAGCAAGCCUUGUCUCUCAUGGUUUAAGUCACCAGACAAAAGAAGCCUUGAAAAAGUGGAUUAAAAUCUCUUAAAAAAGAGAAUAAAUCAAAACCUCAAGUACUGAUAGCAGGCAGCUAACAUUCCCAACACAUCUUUCUCUCUCCCUGUUAGCAGCUUAGCUUUCUCUGCUUUUUAACAAAGCAGCAAGUGAAUAUGUUUAUGAUUUAUCAUUUGUUGCAAGCAUCUCUCCAAAGUUGUUCUUAGUUUUUGCUGCAACCCCUCAAAUGUUCUGCUCUUGGGUUUAGAGAAGGUAUUUUUAUCCACAUGCUCUCCAUGUUUGCUGUCAAGGCAACGCUGACCCAGAGUUCCUUCCCUGAAACCCCUGGCCACCAAGAACUGGAACCCCUGUGCCAGCAGGGUUGUGCUCUGGCAGUACUGGUUGUAUGCAUCUGUGGCAUAGGAGACACAAAUCAAAAGGGUAAAGGCAGAUCAAGGACAGAGUGACAACGACAGAAGGAUAAAAGGAAUAAAGAGAGAAACUGAGACACAAUGGUAAUUGCUUUUGUGCUCAGAGGAGUAGCUACCAGCCCUGAGCAAGACCAAGACACACACAAAGAUGCUUCUGAGGCAGUGCUGAUCUCUGCUGACUCACAGAGAGCUGGAGUAAAUGUACAGAACUGCAGGAUGGAGCUGUGCAAUGCCAGCUAUGGCUGCUGCUUGAACCCACUGUACUACACAAUCACUCUGCAGGGAGUGCAGUGCCACCACUGGAUCAAUGUCUCCCUGGAGUCUGAGGGCGUGGUGAGGAGAAUUUGUUGGCAGCACGGGGAACUCAACAUACCUCCAUCCUUUGGCUUUCUUUUUGACAUCGAUGGUGUUCUGGUACGAGGAAAGACUCCAAUUCCUGCUGCAAAAACAGCCUUCCAGAAGCUGGUGAAUUCUCAGGGACAGUUCUUGGUGCCUGUGGUAUUUGUCACCAAUGCUGGGAAUUGCCUUCGCCAGAAGAAAGCUGAUCAGCUCUCUCAUCUGCUGGGAGUUCCAGUUUCCCAGGAUCAGGUGAUGAUGUCACACAGUCCUCUGCGGAUGUUCAAACGUUACCAUGAAAAAUGUGUCCUUGUAUCUGGCCAAGGACCACUUCUUGAUAUUGCUCAGGACCUUGGUUUCUGUCAGCCUAUCACCAUUGAAACCCUGCGGGAGAAGCACCCUUUGCUGGACGCAGUUGACCAUGACAGAAGACCCAGCGUUCUGUACCCCUCUGCUGUGGAGCUUCCCAAGAUUGAGGCUGUUGUUUUGUUUGGGGAGCCAGUCAGAUGGGAAACCAACCUCCAGUUGAUAAUAGACGUUUUGCUGACAAGUGGCUACCCUGGAAACCCGUAUCACCAUGAAAAUUACCCUCACAUUCCUGUCCUGGCUUGUAACAUGGAUCUGAUGUGGGUAGCUGAAGCACAGUCCCCAAGGUUUGGGCAUGGAACAUUCAUGGUUUGUUUGGAAAACAUUUACAAGAAGAUCACUGGCAAAGAUCUGAAGUAUGAGGCGUUGAUGGGCAAACCCAGCCAAGUGACCUACCAGUACGCUGAGCACCUCAUCCGGGCCCAGGCAGCACAGCGGCAGUGGCAGAAACCCAUUCAAACGCUUUAUGCUGUCGGAGAUAACCUCAUGACGGAUGUCUACGGUGCCAACCUGUACAAUCGCUACCUUCAGGAGAACUCCAGAAAAGGUUCCAAGUCGAGGGUUCAGGCCAAAGUUGCUGGUGGCAGAGGAUCUGCUGCGCUGUCUCAGGAUGAUGAAACAGACAACAGCUGGGAGAAUGAAUUGGCCUCUGCAGCUGCUGCCCACUGUAGGUCUGUUCUCGUUUGUACCGGGGUUUACAACCCUCACACCGAGGUGCCCUUGGACCCCAGGGACAGCAUCACUGAAACAGCGUUCCAUGGCCACAGAGAUUUUCGAUUCGAUCCCGGUUUAGUGGAACCUGAUCAUAUUGUCCCAGAUGUCAAUGCUGCUGUAGACCUGGUCUUCCAGCUGGAGAACUUUGCACCUAAUUGAGACAACCGUGGUUUCUUAAGGACUUCUCAGUGCUAUGCUUUUCUUCCAAAAAGAAACCAAACAGUGCUUUAAAAUGCUGCCAGCAGCUGCUGCUCACUACAUCUCCUACCUUUUAAAUUAAUACAGUCUUAUAUUAAGUAUACUGAAGUAUAUUAAUAUUCUUAAUAUAAGUAUAUUAAUAGCAAGAAUGCUUUUUAAAGUACUUUCAUCAGAUACAGAAUCUCUUGCUUUAGUUGCCCUUUAUUGUCAUCCUCUUCAUUAUGUUGGGUAUUCUAAUAGCAGUUUUUCAGAGCAGCUUACAUGUGCUACUGGUGCUUAGACUCCCAUGUGUCAGUACCUUCUUUUGUUGAAUAGAAGAUUUAGCUCCGAGGCCUUGGGGAUCCUGAGGGUAUGGGAUGGUGGUGCUGGGAUCCUUCACACAGCUACAGAUCGGCUGGUAUGGAGCACGGUGUGUGUCACUGCAAGUGUUCUGCAAGCACUGAGUGCUCUUUCAAGUUAGAGCAAAGUUCAAGGCUGUUCUGCUACCUUGUCUUUGCUCACAGCCUUUCUUUUUACUAGUUCUCUCAUGUCUGGAGCUGCUAUUGCUUCUCUCUACUCUGCCAUCCUUAAUAGAAAUGCCCAUGUAAGAUGCAGGAGGCUGCCUUGUUAACACCAAUUUUCAAACUCCAAAUAAGCUGAACUCGGUGAUGUGAGGAAAGCAGCUCACAUUGGGUGUACUGUGCAGCAUAAUACUGGGCCUUUUUGUCUUUGCCUUUUUUAUCUGCACUGUUUUGAGGAAUUUAGAACCUUGGAAAGCUUUAGCAAUUAUGUUUCAGGCUUUUCUAUCAGUUGGACUUUUCCAUUGAAUGAGUGACUACUGGUUGGGCAAAAAGUGCCUAAUAAUUUACUUGAAGCUCCACGCCACUGUGUUAAUUAACCAGCCUUUAGUGUGGUACCUUUCAUCCUGUGGCAAUGUUACAUGUUGUUUGGUUCAUGGAUUUUAUAGCUGUUCAUUUAAAAAGAAAAGAAACAAGUAAUUUAUUUUAUGUUAUUUUUGUAAAGUGCUUUUAAAAGUUAUCAUCCAGUUUUGAAACUAGUUUUGUGUUAGUUUGUCCUGACCCAGUACAUGGUAUAUACUUGUGCCAUAAGCUUGGAAAACAUAAUCCAAUUAGGUGUGUUGUAAAAACAAAAGUCAGUUUACACACAAAUACAACUUAACAUCCCCUUGGAGGCAAGCCAGGUUGUUAUGGUUGGGGUUUGGGGUGGUUUCUUUUCCUCAAAUUAGAACUAUAAAACAAAAACCUGUGGGUCUUCAGUUUUCCCAAGUCCUUGCAGAGGUAGCAGGAUGCUGGCUUAAAAGCAUCUAGUGUCACAACUUCCUGGCCGACCUCUUCACUGUGUUAUCACCCUGAUGUCAAAAUCUGACAGCUCACCUUGUGAAGAGAACAUUGCUGCUAUCAAUCAGAGGGUUUUGGUUUGUUUUCUCCAUUUGCAAACCACUGCAUUCCCCUCUCUCUGCUGUCAGGACUGUUGAUUCAUUCACUCAUCAUGUUUCAUAAGUAGCUUUCAACAUUUCUUGCUGGAUCCAGUUUAAGGGACACGGCUCUAAACAGUGUAUGUCCUGUUUCUUCACUGGGAAAGUGUUACAGCAGCACAUUCUUGCCUUUAUUUUUAUUGCUACAAUAAACACAUUUACCUGUUUCUUCAGCACUUUUCUGUAGUGCACCAACUCUUUGCAAAGUAUGCCAAAUAUUUCUAAGUAAAGAUUGCAGUUUUGUAAAAAGUCAAGAUGACUUGAGGUAGCAUUGUUUCAAUCCUGCAGCAUGCUGUAGAGCUCUUUCAGCUGUUACUGGAAGCCAUUUCAGGCUGUCAGUGAAGCAAAGAAUAAACAUGUGGAAGCUGAUGAACAGAA